GUACCAGCGAAGCAUUGUGACUUCACUGAUACCGAGCCUGUGAAGACACGCGUGCCUGUCCUAUGUUUAUAAAACACUGUAUAAAGCGCUGUUUGAACUAUUGAUAUUAAUGAUAUACUAUUUUAAAAUUUCAAUAUAGCUCAGUGUAUACUACGUAUUCGGAUUAAUACUGGAACUGGCAAGUUAUUAAUAUUUGGCCACGUAUAUUUAUUGUUUAGUUAUUUGCAUAAACAUUGUAACGUUUUUUGAGUCUUUGAAUUGUUCAUAUUUUAAACUAAAAACUUUUGAUGGAUCGUGAAUGGAUCCCUCCCAACUUACCCUCAAAGUGCACCUGGCAUUUGGGAGCAAAAACAUCGGAUUCACCGCAUUAUCAUGGAAGAAAUGUUAGGACAACCAAAAUAAUGUCAAAUGUCCUAGAAGGAAUUGGUGAUACUCCACUAGUGAGAAUUAAUCGUAUUGGUAAAAGCUUUGGUCUGAAGUGCGAAAUAUUGGUGAAAUGUGAAUAUUUCAACUCUGGGGGUUCUGUGAAAGAUAGAAUUGGACUGAGAAUGGUUGAGGAUGCUGAAAGAAAAGGAAUAUUGAAACCUGGAACUACAUUGAUUGAACCUACAUCUGGGAAUACAGGUAUUGGUCUCGCUCUCGCUGCUGCGGUUAAAGGCUAUCGUUGUAUCAUAGUUAUGCCAGAGAAGAUGAGUCGAGAAAAAGUUGAUGUUCUUCGAGCUUUGGGAGCUGAAAUUGUCAGAACACCUUCGUUAGCAGGAUAUGAUGCACCAGAAUCGCAUAUUGGUGUUGCUCAGAGAUUGAACAAAGAGAUUGCCGACUCUGUCAUUCUGGAUCAGUACCGUAAUGCAGGAAAUCCUGUGGCUCACUAUGAUACGACAGCUGAAGAAAUUCUGGAUCAAUGUGACGGAAAAGUAGACAUGGUAGUUAUUGGCGCUGGAACUGGUGGAACAAUUACUGGAAUUGCUCGUAAGAUAAAAGAAAAAUUGCCAAAUUGCAAGAUAAUUGGUGUUGAUCCAUAUGGUUCUGUAUUGGCUGAACCCAGUAAACUGAAUGAAACCGACGUUACACUCUAUCAGGUCGAAGGCAUUGGUUAUGAUUUUAUACCAACUGUACUGGACAGAUCACUUGUAGAUGAGUGGAUUAAGACGGAAGACAAAGAAUCAUUUUUAAUGUCACGAAGACUUAUAAGAGAAGAAGGAUUGCUUUGUGGUGGAUCAAGCGGAACAGCAAUGGUUGCUGCUGUAAAAGCUGCAAAACAACUUAAGGAAGGUCAACGUUGUGUUGUUAUUUUGCCUGACUCAGUAAGAAACUACAUGACAAAAUUCCUCAGUGAUGACUGGAUGGCUGAGCACAAAUUCAUAGAGUUGAACGUUCCUGAUACUUUAAGUAAAUUGUGGUGGUGGGAAGAGAAGGUCAGUUGUCUGGAUCUAAAACCUCUUGUAUCCGUUCUCUCGUCAGUCACAUGUCAACAAGUCAUUGAUAUCUGCAACAAAGAAUCUUACGAUCAACUGCCAGUGAUUGGAGCCGGGAAAAUCUUAGGUGUUGUAACCGUUGGACAUAUCAUAUCACGAAUUGUUCGUGGUCAGGCAACAACAGAUAGCUGUAUUUCAGAUGUCAUGUACAAAUCAUUCAACAAGGUGACGUUAGAUACUACCCUUGGAGAGUUAUCCAGAUUGUUAGACAGCGAUCACUUUGUUAUUGUCGUGUUAAAGCAACUCGUGUAUACUGGAGAAAAAGCAACAGAAGAUGAAGUGGCAUCAGGCAUUGUGACACGCAUUGAUCUCCUGAACUUUAUAAGUGGCAAGCCAAAAUAGAUUUCAGUCUUUUUUUCAACCACAACAAUUUUAAUCUCAGGAAUGAAAUAGUCAUCCUUGAAUACAAAGUUUGACAAAUUGGUUAAUUUUUUGUUGGAUAAAUUUAGUUAUACUAUAUAUUAAGUCAUAACGAUCCAUCGAGUCCGUCUUUGAGGUAAAUGUCGCAUUGCAUGCAUGUAAUGUAACUAUAAUUGAUGAAACUGAUACUCAAAUCGUAUUUUUGUUCCUUCUAUAUCGGUACAAACGUACGUUAAAAUAAAGGUCCAUGCAAUCAAAUAAUACAUAUGAGCUAUACUGGGCAAGUGUUAUUAUUACUAUAGCAUUUUUCGAUACGUUGAUUUUUCGAUACGUUGAUCGCGCUAACCCGGCCGGCCAUGCUUCUCACAUCUCAACAACAUUGCAUGCUCGGACCGUGAACUAUAUAUAUGCAGUUAUACUUAUAGUCACAAUCUUAAAAUAAGUUGGAUAU